AUGAAUCGAGCUCUUCAGUAUGUCUUCAGGCCCGCUCAACCUCCGGCCCAUCUCUCAGCGAAGCAGACAGUCAAUGCAGCAUUGAUAGAUCGGCUGCGCGCGGAGAUGCGAGUCAAGGCAGCAUUCACACCGGCCGCGUCGCAGCCUAGUCGGUCAACACCGGUACAGCCCCCUCCUCCACCUGAACGCCAGGAGUCCUCGACGCCGUCGGGAUGGCUUCCAACGGUUCGAAUUGCUGGUGCUCUCUGUGCUCACCAAGGUUGCUUCAAUAACGAUUUAGCAUGGAACGACACCGUGCCUGAGGCUGUCUUCCAUGCAGGCAACACACAACCGAUGUAUGCUGCUCGAUCUCGGCGAGGUAACUCUAGUAUGGCCACUUUCGGCCUAUGUGCGACUCACUAUAGGGAGAUCAAGCUCGCCCUCUCAAUGUUCCAGCGUUCCAAUUUGCCUACAGAGUACCUGGUGAGCACGUUGCGAGCACUUGAUCAAGCGCGUGGCGUGCGAGAGACGGCGCGAAGGGAAGACGUCAUGCGGAAUAGCUCAGUUGAGGCGGCCGAAGUCGUGCCGAAAAUCGAUGUCGAGGUCGUUGGCUCUGAUGACGAGGAUGAUGGGAGUGACGUGUUCGAGGCCAUAGUUGUGACUGAUGCACCUACGAAUGACCCUACCGUAGCCUCGAUCCGGGCUGAAGCUCCUCAAGACCAGCGUGCGGAAGUUCCAGUCGCGGCUGAUACUGUUCGAGACGACCCUGCGAGAGUUCCAGUCGCGGCUGAUACUGUUCGAGACGACCCUGCGAGAGUUCCAGUCGCGGCUGAUACUGUUCGAGACGACCAUGUGGGAGUUCCAGUCGCGGCUGAAGACGAACAUGCUAGAGCCCCAGGGGUGGCUGAUACUACUCCGAACGAGCGUGCGAGAGUUCUAGUCAUGGCUGAUACUACUAAAGAUGAGCAUGCGAGAGUCCCAGGCGUGGCUGAGGCUUCUCAAGAUGAGCGUGCGACACUUCCCGUCGAAGCUACGGCUUCUCCAGGCGAAUCUUCGAUAACCCCGGUCACACCGGAUGAUCAUCCGAAGGAACCUGUUAUAGAGCGAGUCGAGGCUGAUGAUUAUCAGGUCGGGAGUUUCUCCAUUGGAGUGCAUGCAGUUGAUGGGACGAAGGACGGCCGAGACGAGGCGUCUGUAUCCACAACAGCGGGCCCUUCGAGUGGUCAUGCUGUUGAGGAAUCGACAGUAGGGAACACAUUGUGUGGCCAUGAACAAUUAGUACAAGCAGCGGCUGUAUCCAGCACUGUGGAUGAGAAGUCGAGAGACACGACGUCUGGCGAGGCUUCCAAGCUGGCCAUUCCGGAAGAUGGCGAAAAACUCGAGGACAGUAUUCUUGAGGAGCUGCAUGGGAAGCGGAGACUCUCCAGCACAAGCGUACUUGAGUGCACUCCAGCUGUGAAGAGGAAACGAAAAGAGCGACGACGACCGGCAACGAAGAGGAAAGCAACAGAUGAACUGAAGAUAUCAGUGGCUGAGGAAGAGACAGGAGAGAAGUUAGGAACGAAGGAACCAUCGAUCACGACUGGUCGUGGGAAGAGAAAUAAGGCAAAUGAUGAAGCUAGAUCCGUGAGGGAUAGAGAUAUGAUACAGAAUUCAAAUGCAUCUUGUUCCAUUGCUGAGGACGCUGCGGAAGAAAUAGCGUCUGAAGCAGAUGAGGAAGAAGAGGAAGUGUUUGCUGUGGAGAAGUUGCUGAAGUGGAAGUUGGAUAACCGUGGACGUAGGAAAUUCCUAGUCAAAUGGGAGGGAUACCCUCUUUCUGAGGCCUCGUGGGAGCCCGAAACAAAUUUAAAUAGUUCCAUUGAAAUUGAUGAGCUGAAGGCAGCAGUGUUGGCAAAGCCUCCGUCCAUCGGUCGACGGAGUCACGCCAAGAAGAUAUCACGUCGAUUUUGA